AUGGAAGACUAUGCAGCUUUGAAAAAUGUUAAAAUUCAUCAAUUAUACUUGGAUACAACAUAUUGUAAUUCAAGUUAUACUUUUCCAAGCCAGAAAGAAGUUUUGGAUUUAAGUGUUUCAUUAUCUCUGUCAGCUCUGCAAGAGAAUCCCAAAACACUUAUUGUUGUUGGAUCCUACACAAUUGGCAAAGAGAAAGUCUUUUUAGCAAUAGCAGAAACAGUUAAAAGUAAAAUUGGUGUGACAAAAGAAAAGAAAAGAAUUCUUGAUUGUCAAGAAAAUUCUCAUCUUAACAAACUUGUUUCACUGAACAUGGAUGAGUGUAUGGUUCACGUUGUGAAAAUGAACUCUCUCAACUACAAGUCUCUAUCACAACAUUUGGCAAAAUAUAAAGCUAAAUUUGAUAGAAUUCUUGCCUUCAAACCAACUGGUUGGACCCAUUCUGACAAAAAUAAGUUACUAUCAGAUAUCAAGCCAUCUUUAAAGAGAGAAAAUAUUAUUUUAUAUGGUCUUCCCUAUAGUGAACAUAGCAGUUAUACAGAAAUGAAAAGAUUUGUCCAGUUUACUCAACCAGAGAUAAUUAUUCCGACCGUUAAUAAUGGGUCUCCUUCUGCUCGAAAAGCAAUGAAAGACAUUUUCAAAUCAUGGCUAUCAGAAAAAUCAAUUGCUAUUAAUGAAUUGUUUUCACUUUCAAAGUGA